CAAAGUGACAAACUAAUGAUCCAAUUAUAUUAAAGGUCCACAUCAAUAAUUCGUUUACAAACAAUCUGGUUUCGUUUAUGAAGGUCCACGUCAAUAAUUCGUUUACAAACAGUCUGGUUUCGUUUAUGAAGUUUUCAUAUCGGUCAAAUUAGAUCAAACCAAACUAUUUACAUUUUAAUGGGUUGGGCUAUGAUUAGAUUGAGCUCGGGUUAAUCUCCUGUAAACCUACUGACCCAAAAAAAAAAAAAAAAUCCUGUAAACCCUUUAACCCUACCCCACCCAAACAACACUAGCUUCGGAUCGAGUCGGGUUGAGUCCGCACACGUUGCAGCCCUAAAUUCCAACCCCGUUCGCCUUUCAAUUCUAAUUUCUACCAUCUGCCUGUUGUUUGCUCUUAAACCUUUUUUCUUUUUCUUUUUCUUUUUUUUCAAAAUAUUUGUAACUGAAUUCCAUUCACCUCCGUACUCUCGCUUCGGCCUCAGCGGGGUCAAAACGACGGCAGGCGAAGAUACACUGACGCGAACGCUAACUUUCACCGUCGGCUGCGGACGAGAGACCUAACUCGUCCACUCUUCUCUUCUCUUUGAUAUUUAUUCUGAUAAAUUACUCAUUUCUGCUCUCUAGUCUCUAUCGUACGACGCACCGCUUCUGCCUUCACUUUCUGUUCAAAUAAUGGCAUCGCCAGCUUGGUUACCGCAGGAAGUGAAGCCAUCCGUGUCUCAAUCCCCUGUAUCUGUUUCACCUGCUGGUGGCGCUUCAACACAAACUUCAGCUUCACUCGCUUCAAGUGUAGGCCUACAUACCUCUAAUAGCUCAGGUGGUUCUACAACUGAUUCAAUACAAGAACCUUUGCAGGCUAAAUUCUCCAAUGCACCCAGCUUCGCGGUUCCUGCAUCUUCAUUCUCUUACGGUGUGCCUCCCAAUGCAAACAUCAGUUUUGGAGCCUCUCAGCAGUCAUCACCUGGUUCUGCAAUUCAGUCAAAUCCGCCUGCAUCUCCAAGGGUUCAGCCCCCAGUUCCUGGCUUGUCUUCUUCUGCCAGUCCCUCUUUUUCAUACAACAUUCCAAAAUCUGGAUUUUCUUUCCCUAAUAACCAGCAGUUUCAAUCUGGCAUGAAUAUCCCACCUGCUGUUGCACAAGAAACUGGUAAUGUCUCAUUGUCAUCAACUAGCUCUCAUUCUGGUUCGUUGCCUGCUCCUACUUCUUCAAGUUCCACAAUGAAUCUAUCAUCAGCUCCAAAUAUGGGCACAACAACUUCAUGGGUUCCCACUGGCCCAUCUUUUAAUUUGACUUCUGGAAUGCCUGGAACUCCUGGGACCCCUGGCCCCCCAGGAAUAGCACACCCUGUGCAAAUAUCCUUUAAUCCGACUGCCCCGUCUGCACCCAUUGAUUCUUCUUCUGUAGCCCUUAGACCUAGUAUGCAAAUAGCUCCUGUCGCGUCAUCAGCUGUUCAGCCACAAGUAGGCGCUCCUUACCUAUCUUUAUCUUCUAUGGGCGCUCCUCCUCAGGGAGUCUGGUUGCAGUCCCCACAGAUAGGAGGCUUUCCUAGGCCACCGUUUUUGCCGUAUCCUGCUGCUUUUCCUGGCCCCUUUCCUUUGCCUGCACAUGUUAUGCCUCUCCCUUCUGUUCCUUUACCCGAUUCUCAGCCUCCCGGUGUCAUCCCUGUGGGAAAUACUGCAGCAAUUUCUUCGCCUUCUGCUGCUUCUGGUCAUCAACUGGCUGGGUCUUCAGGGAUACAGAUAGAAUUACCUCAUCCUGGUAUUGAUAACAGGAAACAAUUCCAUGAUGCAGGCAACGAGAAUAGAGCUUCUGUUAAUGAACAAUUGGAUGCCUGGACUGCCCACAAGACAGAGACAGGAGUUGUAUACUAUUAUAAUGCUUUGACCGGCGAAUCAACUUAUGAUAAGCCCCCUGGAUUUAAGGAGGAGCCCGAUAAGGUCUCUAUGCAGCCAACUCCAGUUUCGACGGUAAAUUUAUCUGGAACUGAUUGGGUAUUGGUCACAACAAGUGACGGGAAAAAGUUUUACCAUAAUGGCAAAACCAAGGUAAGCAGCUGGCAGAUCCCGAAUGAAGUGAUAGAAUUGAGAAAGAAGCAGGAUGCUGAUGUACCAAAAGAACAUCCAGUAUCAAUCCCAAUUAACAAUGUAAUGACUGAAAAAGGAUCUGCUCCGAUUAGUUUGACUGCUCCAGCCAUUAACACAGGUGGUCGUGAAGCCAUGGCAUUUAAACCAUCAGCUGUGCAAGGAACAUCAUCUGCACUUGAUCUGAUUAAGAAGAAGUUGCAGGAUUCUGGUGCUCCUGUUACUUCCUCACCAGUUCCAGCACCAUCAGAAUCAAAUGGCUCAAGAGGAGUUGAGAGUACACCUAAGGGCCAGCAAAGCGAUAAUAGUAAAGAUAAGCUAAAAGACAUCAAUGGGGAUGGCAACUUGUCUGAUUCCUCAUCAGAUUCAGAGGAUGCGGACAGUGGGCCAACAAAGGAGGAGUGUAUUACCCAAUUCAAGGAGAUGCUUAAGGAACGAGGAGUGGCACCAUUCUCGAAGUGGGAGAAGGAACUGCCAAAGAUAGUGUUUGAUCCACGAUUUAAGGCCAUUCCAAGUCAUUCAGCUAGGAGGUCUUUGUUUGAGCACUAUGUUAAAACACGUGCAGAGGAAGAAAGAAAGGAAAAAAGAGCAGCUCAGAAGGCUGCAAUAGAGGGAUUUAAGCAGCUAUUGGAUGAAGCAUCAGAGGAUAUUGAUCAUAAAACCGAUUACCAAAGUUUCAGAAAGAAAUGGGCCAAUGAUCCACGCUUUGAGGCUUUAGAUCGAAAGGAUCGUGAGCAUUUGUUGAAUGAAAGGGUCCUUCCAUUGAAGAGGGCUGCUGAAGAAAAGGCUCAAGCAGUGCGUGCUGCUGCUGCAACUAGUUUUAAGUCCAUGCUUCAAGAAAAAGGAGAUAUUACUGUUAGUUCUCGUUGGUCCAGGGUGAAAGAUAGUCUGCGGAAUGACCCAAGAUACAAAUCCCUUAGGCAUGAGGAUAGGGAAAUAUUAUUCAAUCAGUAUAUAUCUGAUCUAAAAGCUGUGGAGGAGGAAGCAGAACGAGAGGCAAAAGCUAAGCGGGAUGAGCAGGAGAAACUGAGGGAAAGGGAGCGAGAAUUAAGGAAGAGGAAGGAAAGAGAAGAACAAGAAACGGAGAGGGUGCGACUGAAAGUUCGCAGGAAGGAGGCAGUUGCUACUUUUCAAGCUUUACUUGUGGAAACAAUUAAAGAUCCUCAGGCAUCUUGGACAGGAUCUAAACCUAAAUUGGAGAAGGAUCCACAAAGGCGUGCAGCCAACCCUGACUUAGAACCAUCUGACAUGGAAAAGCUCUUCCGGGAACACAUAAAGAGGCUAAAUGAGCGAUGUGCGCAUGAGUUCAGAGCUCUGUUGGCUGAAGUCUUGACUGCAGAAGCAGCGUCCCAGGAGACCGAAGAUGGAAAAACCGUUCUAAAUUCGUGGUCCACAGCAAAACGUCUUCUAAAGCCAGAUCCUAGAUACAAUAAGAUGGCAAGAAAAGAGAGGGAAGUGUUGUGGCGACGAUUUUCCGAAGAAAUGCUACGGAAGCAAAAGUCAGCACUUGAUCACAAGGAAGACAGGAAAACAGAUGCUAAAAGUAGAAGCUCUGUUGACAGUGGAAGAGUUCCCUUUGGAUCUAGGGGUACCCAUGACCGAAGAUGAUGUUUUGGUUAGAAUUUAGAGACUAGGCUUUCAAUUUGUUUUGCCCAAGUCCUGAUUUUCAUAAUUUUGACUUGAGUAGGAGAGGAUACAGACACAAACCGACGCUGCUGUAUUAUAGUUGUAUAAUAUUAUUUGAAGUGAUUAAGCUGAUUUUACUAGCGUAUUAUUUGUAAUGUUACAAGUUUUACUAUUUAACCUGAGCUUUCCAAGUAAUUGUACUGCUAAAGAAGAAAAA